CUUGAUUCUGUCCCGUCGCCCCACAAGUUUAUAUCUUUCCUCCAUCUCUUGGUUCAAAGGCCGGUCUUUCCCUGCACGUUCAGGCAGUGUGGGAUCCAUAGUAACUUGUACCCAUCCAUCCCGUGAGGCCGUGAUCCAGCUCUUGUUUCUCCUUUCUUUCAGUUGCAUGUACACAAAGUUGCACAAAUGUGUUGCUUUCUGCUGGUCUCUGUACUGCUAGCCACCACUCUCACCGACGUAGCCAGUGCACAGAGAUGGAGGCAGACGAGCGGCGGCGGCAAGGACAGGUGGGACGGCCUCCUCGACCCACUCGACGCCGACCUCCGGCGCGACAUCAUCCGCUACGGCGAGCUGGCGCAGGCGACGUCGGACGCGCUCAUCGGCGACCCGGCGUCGCCGUUCGCCGGCGCGUCGCGGUACGCGCCCGACGCGUUCCUCCGCAAGGUGCGGGCGUCCGACCCGGACGCGUACCGCGUCACGAGGUUCGUCUACGCGACGUCGAGCGUCCGCCUCCCCGACGCGUUCAUGCCGAGGCCCGCGCCGUCGGCGGGCGCGGCGUGGAGCGGGGAGUCCAACUGGAUGGGGUACGUGGCCGUGGCCGCCGACGGCGUCGCCGCGAAGGCCGGGAGGCGGGACAUCGUGGUGGCGUGGCGCGGGACGAAGCGCGCGGUGGAGUGGGCCAACGACCUGGACAUCACGCUGGUGCCGGCGGACGGCGUCGUCGGUCCGGGCCCGGGCUGGACGCAGCCGUCGGUGCACAGGGGGUUCCUGUCCGUCUACACGUCCAAGAGUUUCUCGUCGCCGUUCAACAAACUUAGCGCGCGAGAGCAGGUGCUAGCUGAAAUAACUAGACUUCUGCGCGCGUACAAGAACGAGAACUGCAGCAUCACCAUAACGGGCCACAGCCUGGGCGCCGCGCUCUCCACGCUCAACGCCAUCGACAUCGUCGCCAACGGCUACAACGUCCGCGGCUCGUCCCGCGUCCCGGUCCCCGUCACGGCAAUCGCCCUCGCCAGCCCGCGCGUCGGCGACGAUCAGUUCAAGAGGGCCUUCGACUCGACGUCCAACCUGAGCCUGCUCCGCGUCCGCAACGCGCCGGACAUCGUGCCGACCAUCCUGCCGUCGGCCUUCUUCAAGGACGUCGGCGCGGAGCUGCUCGUGGACACGCGCCGGUCGCCGUACCUGAAGAACCCGGCGGGCCCGGCCCAGUGGCACAACCUCGAGUGCUACCUGCACGCCGUCGCGGGCACGCAGGGCGCCGGCGACGGCGCGGGGUUCAGCCUUGUGGUGGACCGUGACCUGGCGCUGGUGAACAAGGAAGUGGACGCGCUCAGGGACGAGUACCAGGUGCCGGCGGCGUGGUGGGUGGAGAAGAACAAGGGCAUGGUGCAGAACGCGAGCGGGCGCUGGGUCUUGCAAGAUCACGAGGAGGGCAACCUUGCAAUGUGAUGGAUUUGGGGAAUUUUGUGGAAUCCAAUAAACUGAUGGGUUUAUUGCUUGGAUGGAAGUUUUCCAAGAAAAACAUGAAUAGUAAGGGCCGUGGAAAUGCAGAUAUAAAUUAUGUAUGUACGUCUGAAAAUUCUGAGUUGUAACUGAAAAUUCUUACGGCCCCUUUGAAACGUAUGAUUAUCAAAACACGGGAAUAGAAAAAACGUAAAAAUAGUAUGACACA